AUGACUGGGACCAAAUUUCAUAUUUUUGAUUCCCAGCAAACAGCAAGUCUGAUUUUCGGAAAAUCCAGAGAAUUUGUCUUUGAGCCUAUCCUGGCCAGUAUGAUGGAAAACGGGAUGAAUCUUCCAAUGGAGGAUAGGCCAAAGUUUCAGGUUCCUCUGGGUCCACAGGACAGGGAGUCAUCGAAUGAGCACCUAUCAAAGAGUUUUGUGUCAGUUAACCACUCAAUCUGGCUGAAGUAUCUCACUGGAGACCCACUUGACAAUAUCAUGGAGAAAUAUGUGGAACACUUUGAAGAAGAGCUGAAUUGUCUACCUAUAAUCAGUGGAUCAGAAUGGACUACCUUGGAUCUGCAUGAGUUGAUGAGAAAAGUAAUAUUUGAGGCAUCAGUGAAGACUUUCUUUGGGCUCCGCCUCUCAACAUACUGGUCGGAUAUGUGGGAAGACUGGAAGAAGUUCAAUGAUGCCACAUACGCAGGAGUCAGGUCGAACAUGGCCUAUUAUUUCCAGAGCGGCGCAUAUGCGGCAAGAAAACGAAUGUUGGAGGCUUUUGAGAAAUGGCUCGAGCAGCAAGAUGGAUCAUGGAGUCCGACAAACAAUAUCUGGGAUAGCAGUUGGGGGUUGAAGAUGAAUUGGGAGCGAGAUGUGUUGGCAAGAAGGUACAAGUUUUCGCAACGAGGAAGGGCGUGUCUGCAAGCAAGUUUUCUCUUUGUGAUUGUAACUAAUUCGGCCCCGAUGGCGACCUGGUUCCUCAAGAAUGUUCUUGAUUCUCCGAGUCGGCUCCAGAGAUUUCGCAGUGAGACACGAAGUAUGCUAUCAGUAGCUGGAACGUCCCCAAAUAUCAGCUUGAAGGUCGAUUUUCCUGCUCUUCGAUCAAGCCAGUUCAUUCAAGGACUUUGGAAAGAGUCGUUGCGCUUAGGCUCAGCGAGUGCGGCCGCCCGCGUGGUUCGAAAAAACACGACGCUCGAGGGAUACAGAAUCAAACAAGGAUCUGUGGUGCUCUUACCUGUUCAAUUGAUGCAUUCGAACCCAGAGGCAUUUCUGGAACCUCAAUUAUUUGAUCCCGACAGAUGGGUGUUCGACCAGGAUGAUAAGCUACAGUUGGAGGUCCACAAGAGGCGAAAUUUGAACUUACGAAGCUUCGGUGGUGGUGCGGGAUUGUGCUCGGGUCGCUUCGUUGCUGAGCAAGAGAUCUUGAGUAUCGGUGCAGCAAUGUUGCUGCUGUUCGACAUUGACAUCGAAACUCCCGCAGGAUUCCAGCUGAAUCCACGUAGUAUUGGGAUUAUGGGUCCGAUGAAAGCGGUGAGAGCACGAAUCAGACGCCGAAAGCAGGAAUAA